CCCUUCUAAAGGAAACCUGUUCGAAGAACGCUCUGUGGCUCCUUCAAAUGGGUUAUGUGCACGUGUCGUGAUGUCAUCAAUCACCCGGCGAUUACGCCGAAACCCGAAGAGCCGGGAGGGAAGGAAAGGGACCCCCUAAGGCCAAGUGUUAAAAAGGGGAGGAGGGAAACACCAAUGGACUUGCAGGUGUCCUUAGGAAGCCCCGGGCCGUAGCUCCCGGCUUCGGGGCGAGGGCUUUAGUCCCUCGAGAGCUCCCGUAGGGCGGCGGGCGGUGUCCCAGGUUACGGCACCCAGGCAACGGCCACGCCCCCUACGGGAAGCCACCCCCUGCUGGUCCUGAGUUCGCUUAGCUCAAACCGCGGCGGGCAAGUAGCAUCUGCCCUGAACCAUGGACGCUUCCCGUCGGGCGGCCAUGCUCGCCUCUUUCAGUUUCCAGGCCCCUUUAGAUCCCCGCUCCAAGUCGCCACGCUUCGCCUUCUACGAUCAGGAGUGCGCCGGGGAGGAGGAAAAGACUGAGGAGGAGGAUGAUUUUGAUACUGACAUUUCUAUGGUGGACGAACAGAGCUUUCAUGAGAAUAGGAGCUUUGAGGACUUAGUGAGCACUUCUGAAAUGUAUGACUCCAAUCAAGAGUAUUACAGGAAGUUAGAAGAGCUAAAGGCAGCCCACAUGAAAACAAUGGCCAAAUUGGAGAAGCUGUAUCAAAAUAAAUUACAUUUAAAGGGAGUGCAGCCAGAGACCAUGGAGGAAGAAAGGCCUGGCCCAUGUUUAAGCUCAGUGUGGAUCAACUCUUCCUAUCAAACUUCCAUUUUGCAAAAAUCAUUUUCUGAGCCUGAUUUGAAUCAGCCUUCUUCCAUUAGUGUAUCAGAUAUGUCUGAAAGUGGAUUUUCCAACAUAGAAAAAGAAAACAUAAAUGAAGUAAAAAUGAUGGCUUCUGCUAAAGAAUACAUCAAGAACAUGUGGAAUGAUUUUUCGGUGAAAGACUAUGUUUAUGUUCACUCUGACAGUUCCGAUUCACCAGUAGUUGAAAAACCAGAGAAGAAACCAAAGGAAUGGGCUCCAAAGAUUACGGUGCCCAAGCCCUUUCAAAUGACCAUCCGAGAAGACCGGAAAAAAAAAGAAUGGCUCAAGUCCCGGUCAGAGACAGAGAUGGCAUUUAAACUGCUGAAAAAGCAAGAAGAAGAACUUGCCCGGAAAAAAAGGUUCCGAGCCAAUCCUGUGCCUGAAUCUGUCUUCCUCCCCCUUUAUCAUGAAAUACUGGAGAGGAAUGAAGAAAGGAAGAAGAUGGUGAAGGAGAGAAGCAAAAAGAUCCUUCUGGCGUCCCAAAAGCCAUUUACGUUUAUCGCAAGGGAAGAGCAGAAGAAAGAAGCUCGGAAGGUGCAGCUGGCUGACGAGCCGAAGCCUGAAAAGAAACAGAAUCAAUUUAAAGCGAAACCUGUUCCCAGGUCUACCUACAGCUCAACUCUCAGCAACAGACUAAAGGAGGAGGAGUUCUUCAGAGAAAUUAGGGUCCACAUGAGAGCGCAGGAGCUCUUACAGAAGUCGUCACUGCCCAGAAACAUGCAGGCUCACCAGUCCCCCAAGAGGAAGACAAAACACACAGAGCAGAGGGAGAAGACCAGGUACAGGAACAAGGUCAAGUACCAGGUGCCCGACUUCGAAACCCUCCACAUGAGGUUUCAGAAGCAGCUCUUGGAACAGAAGAAUCCCAGGCCCACCACGGUCUGUGAGCCAUUUGAUCUUCUAACUUUGCGAAUUCCCUCCAAAAAGGAGAAAAUUUUGGAAGACAUUCAGGCCGACGAAGAACGUUUAAAAGAAACACGUUGGCCCUAUCUGUCUCCUAGGGGAAAAGUACAGGCAAGGUACUCAAAGACCGAGUAUCCCCUUUGUGAAUCAAGUGAAUCAGAAUCUCCCAGACCUACUGUGUCUUCAAGAAGAAGACAGCAAGCCAUCAGGAGAUCCCUUGAGGAAAAGAAAACAUUAGAAGAAGACCGAAAACGGAGUCUAGCUAAGCAGAGGCAAAGAAUGAGAGAAUUGCAGAAAGUCCUGAUGGCCCGAGCUCGGGCUGUUGAUACUCACCAAAGUUUAGCUCAAAUGUCUAAAUCCAGAAUGACAACGCUCAGAAGGAAUGAAAAGGAAAGGAUGAAAGAGUACCUACAAGAACUAGAAGAAAUAGAAAAGAAAUUGAAGAAGAGGCCAUUACUGUUUGAAAGAGUUGCUCAGAAAAAUGCAAGAAUGUCAGCAGAACAGCAUUAUUCUAACACUUUAAGAGGACUAGGACUUUGUGACGAGUUUGUGUCAAAGAAAGGCCAAAAGGCAGAAGACUUGACAGACCAAGAGAUUGAAAACUACUCAGAAGAUGAAGUGAGCCUUGAUGAAGACAAACUAGAACACAGGGGAGAAAAUGAUGAUCAGAAUGACUUUGUCAGACAAGAUGGUCUCAAUCACGACAAUGAAAGUAACGAAGAUAGUUCAGAAGAAAACUCUGCAUUGUUGGAGAAGAAAGUGGGAACAAGAGAAGCUUUUUAAAAGUACCACAUUUCUGUUGAUUACAGCCAAGAACUGACUUGUAUUAAGUACUUCAUGGAGGCACAUUCUUUAGAUACAGGUCUGCUGCAGUCUAGAAAAUGUUGGGUUUCUGUAUACAUUUUUAUCUUUUUUUAAAAAUCCCAAAUCAUUGCACAUGGAUGCUUUGUAAGUAAAUCAUGCAUAUGCCUCUUUCAAAGAAAUGUGAAGACAUUUUUAAAAAAUAAGUAUUAAUAUGCAAUUAUGGCUUCUGCAUUUUGUCUUUUUAUGUACUGUUGAUUACAUGUGAAUAAGCAUUUGUAGUUCAAAUAAAAGAGUUCUUA